AUGGUAAAAAAUGAUGAUGUGUUGAAUGAAGAGGAGGAUGCUCAAGAUGAUAAUUUUCUGGAAGACAUGUUGACAAGUAUCCUACAAUUUGACAUUGUGCAGUCAACACCAAUAACGACAGUUGAAUUCAAGGCAGUUGAUGACGACGAGCUUGUGCCUGAAGCAGAUUUGAUGUUGGAGGAUGCUGAAGAGUCUUUUCUUCAAGAGGCUGUAGAAGAAGAAGAUACAACCGAGAGUAUGUCAAAUUCAGCAGAGAAUAACUUUACCAGCCAUGAUCAUUUCCAAUCUGUCUCAUAUGGUGAUAUUGGUGAUGAAAUAAAGGCUGUCUCAGAGCCUAAGUGCUUUGUAACCAUCAUGCAACUGAAAGUGCUCCUUGGUGGCAAAUGCCGAGUCCAACAUUGCAGCAAAGCUAUAACAUCGAUUGAAGACAAAAUGUGUGGGUAUUGUGUUAAGCUGGUUUGGUUUUGUGAAAUGGGACACAGAGGAGUAUGGUAUUCUGGUGGUUUCUAUGCUGCUGGUUUUGCAAUCAACUAUGUCAUUGACGGUGCAUUACUCUUGGCUGGUGGCUCCAUCACACAAUUCAAACGAUUUUGCAAGUUCAGCAAUCUUGGUUCCAGCAGCACUACCUCCUUCUACACCAAUCAACGUCUCUAUGUUUCGCCAACAGUAGAUCAAGAAUUCAAUGAGGAACGAGACAGGAUCAUCAAGGAAGUUCAAUGUAGAAAUUUAAAAGUUACCAUCUGUGGUGAUGGGAGAAUGGAUUCGCCCGGCUUUUCUGCCUCAAAGGGAACAUACACCUUGAUGGAUUAUGAAAGUAAAAAGCUCCUAACAAUAGAAUGUGGUGAUAAAAGAGAAGUCAAUCUCAAAUCUACCCAGUUAGAGGUUCAUCUUGUUAUGAAAUGCAUGCAUUGGAUUCUUGAAAAACUUGAUGGGCUGGUGGAUGAAGUUUGUACUGAUGCACACACUAGUAUGCUAUCUUUAAUGAGUAAGUGGCAAAUGCAAAUAUGCCCCAAUUUAAUUAGAUUUCCUAAAAUACUUUCCUGUUAUCGGAAAGGCUUAUCAACAUGGCUUAUAGUAGAAGUUUACAACUUAGCAAAGAUACAAAAACAUGCUGACAUUGUUCCUUGGAUACUAUCCAUCCGAAACAAUUUCUGGUAUUGUUGUAAAAGUUGUGAUGGAAACGAGUUAAAGUUGAGAUUGCUCUGGACCAGACUUUUGCAUCACAUAUCAGGAUACCAUCGUUAUUGUACCCAUGAAGAGAUCACAGAACAAGAUCGGACAAAACCAUACAUCAGACCAGACAGCUCAUCAAUGACAAAACUGAGAGAAAUAAUGUGUGACAAGAAAUGGCUGAAAUCACUGGAGUACUACACCCAAAAUAGACACACUGGAGGUGUUCCACAGUCUAGUUUUGGAAUACUGCCCAAAGCGCAUUGGUUUUAAAAAUGAUUCCUUCAUUACAAGGCAUCAGCUUGCUUACCUUGACUACCAUCACCAUUGUGAUAGACAGACAAUAAAGAAUAGAGCUGGU